AUGGAAGAACCGCCACGCGACACGCUGAGGUGGAGGAUGGAGGAGCUGGAAACGCUGGAGAGCACGGAGUGCCCCGAGUGCCCCGGGCCACCCCCCGAGUUCCGGUUACCGCCACCCCCUCGGCCACCCUUCCUCACCGACGGCACCUUUUGCUCGGAGGAGCCACUCACCGAGAUCGAAGAUUGCGUCGCCAUCCCGAUGAUCGAUGCGUCGUACCACACGAAUCCAUCGCUUCAAAGCACCGCCCUCAUCAUCACCUGCGCGGUGGUACUUUUGCUGAUGGCAGCGAUCGUGUCCGUCGUUUUUUGGAAGCACAAGCGGAAAGUGCAGAACCUGUUACCGUGCAAGAGCGCAGCAGGGGCGGCGGCGGCGGCGGCNGGUCGAGCUCGGUCGACUCGGACGGUUACUCGUACAUCGUGGACACCGGAUCUAGGAAAGCGCCGGGCACAGCGAGAAGGAUCGUGGCCGAGGGCACCGAGGAGGAGGUGUGUCCGCUUUGCACGAUGCAGCAGAUACACAACCUUCAUGUUGGACGUGAAAGACACAGGAAGAGGCGUGUUCGUGUGCAGCAGCCCGGGUCCUGAUCCGUACACGUCGCAGGAUCUCUACAAUCCUGUCUACGAGGAGCUCAGCAACGGGGACCAUCCGGAAACGGACGAGGAGAGCGAGUUGAACGCACGGAAUCGGCUUCACAAUCAUCACCGCCAUCAUCAUCGGCCCUCGUCGAAACCGGGCAGCGAGGACGAGUUCGCGGAAGACGAGCUGUCGGUUGGUGAACCGUCCGAGGCGAGGAUGCUCACCUCGACGGGCCCGACCUGGGGCACUUGUCCAGCCGGUGGCAGGCCACCGCGAGAGAGACGAGGGAAGAGCCCCAGAAGCCUGGACAGGCACAGGAGGGACAAGAAUCACGAUGUGGGCGAGUUCCACGAGGGGAUGCUGCUUGACGCCCUACUUCAACUUUAUCCCAGCGUCGCGGGUGUGGCUGGCACCCGAUCGAAUAGCAAUCAACGACAACAGUCCGUCCCAUCGGUGGCCCACAGAUUACCUUAUUUUGUGCCACCGAUGCCAGCGACGCAGGCUCUCAGGGUCGAGGAGAACCCGUACGAGAGCGUGCCUGUACNCCCCCUCCAUCAUUAUUCGAGUCAGAGCAGGAGCAACAAAGAGAGGUCCCGCAAGUCGAACGACAAAUACAAAUACACAGCGCAAUACGGGGGAUCCGAGUAUUACGGAUUGCAAAACCAGGACGCUGCCCCCGUUUACACGCAAGUGGGUAGCGAGUACUCGGACACCUACUCGCAGCCGACCGACCGCCUCUACAACGAGGACAAGUACACGCAGCCGGUUUACUACGCGCCACGCGACACCGAGCAAAUUACUUCCGGCAGACUGUAUCAAGGCCAGCCGGACAGCAGUUUCGGCAGCGACAGCGGGUACAGUCAUCACACUUCCGGUACAACUGGGACAACCGGCACGCGCAGCAGUAACUCGAGGACGAAUCACAGGAAGGACAAGCAUCGAAAUUCUCAUCACUCCCAUCAUUCCGCGGACUACAUCGUAUCUUAAUGAAGGAUAGCCGCGUGGAUCGAAGCAAGAAGAAAAAGAAAAAAAGAAAAAGAAAAAC